CCACCGAGGUCGUCAACUUAUCUUAUGAUACUGACAUGACUUGUGAAUUUUCUAUUAGAUGUAAACGCGGCAGACGAGUCAAUGGAUGCACCGAAAAUUGGCGAGCAAUUUGAGUAUGAAACGCCGAUCAGCUGCGAAGGGUGUACUGUUGAAAAGGUCUCAGUCAACGGAGUUCCAUUAGACCUGGAACCAACGAGACGAUUCGAUGUUUCUCCUUUAGCAUGUUACGCGGCGACCGGUAGCUCUUUAAAGAUAAAACUAACAGAAUUUACUAUGGGAUACGCCGGAGUCUACCAAGCUGUGUUCAUGAUUCACGGUUCCACUGUCACUAAGACUAUUUUGGACAUUAAAGAAGGUGAAGAAGAAAGUUCUGAGCCAGCGACCACUGAAAAGCCUGCGGAAGAAACAGAAGCGAUGGCGGGCGACGCCACUACAGGGGCGGAGGGAGAGGAAACAACUGCAGCCGCUGAGGGUGAGGAGACAACUGCGGCCGCAGAGGGUGAGGAGACAACUGCGGCCGCGGAGGGUGAAGAAACAACCGCAGCUCCAGCUGGUGAUGAAACAACUGCCGCAGCAGCUGCUGAGGGUGAAGAGAAACCGAACGAAGGUGAUGAAGGCGGAGAAGAAAAGCCUAAGGAAGAAGACGCUGGUGGCGAAGAAGCGCCAAAGCCGGAUGAUGAAGCACCACCAGAAAGGAGGAAAACUCUCAGAAAGAAGUCGAGGUCAAAGAAGAAAGUAUUGAGAAAUCGCAAGGUAGUAACAACGACAGCUCACGCCACAUCGCCCCCCACCACAACGGCUCAAACUACUGAAGCGGUGAUUCCACCUGUCACAGAAACUGUCACAACUCCUGUCACUUUGAAAACUUGAUUUGACAGGCAAACGGCGAUCGAAUACAGACUGAAAGGAUAUAAAUUAGCUUUGAUGUAUUAAAUGUAGUGUGCAAUUUAUACCAUCUCUUAUUGAUAUUAUAUGUUUUUCUCUUA